AUAUUUGAUUCGGUUACAUCUACUUUACGAAGAAAAACGUCUCAAAGUGACGACAGGACCAGUAGAAAUCCCCGUGAAACGACCUGCAGCUGCUUCCACAGCCCAAACACUUCAGCCAGCAGACGACCAUGAAUCCGGAAUAUGAUUACUUAUUCAAGCUGCUGCUGAUCGGAGACUCCGGCGUGGGGAAGUCGUGUCUGCUGCUGCGCUUCGCGGACGACACCUACACAGAGAGCUACAUCAGCACCAUCGGCGUGGACUUCAAGAUCAGGACCAUCGAGCUGGACGGGAAGACCAUCAAGCUGCAGAUCUGGGACACGGCCGGCCAGGAGCGCUUCAGAACCAUCACCUCCAGCUACUACCGGGGCGCCCACGGCAUCAUCGUGGUGUACGACGUCACCGACCAGGAGUCGUUCAACAACGUCAAGCAGUGGCUGCAGGAGAUCGACCGCUACGCCAGCGAGAACGUCAACAAGCUGCUGGUGGGCAACAAGUGUGACCUGACCACCAAGAAGGUGGUGGACUACACCACCGCCAAGGAGUUUGCAGACAACCUGGGCAUCCCGUUCCUGGAGAGCAGCGCUAAGAGCGCCACCAACGUGGAGCAGGCCUUCAUGACCAUGGCGGCUGAGAUCAAGAAGAGGAUGGGACCCGGCGCCACGGCCGGCGCCUCCGACAAGUCCAACGUCAAGAUCCAGAGCAAGCCGGUCAACACUUCCUCCGGAGGCUGCUGCUGAGAACCAGGCGGCGCCGUCCACCCCCCCCCCCCCCCCCCCCCCCCCCGCCCCGCCUCCAUGCCCCCUCCUCCUCAGGACAGUCAGGAGGACACAGCAGGUGUUCCUGUUUGUCAGCAGCGAUAAGCCCCGCCCCCACAGAUCACACCGCCGUCUCCUCGUCACACGGAAAGCGUUUUUAAACAGAAAAGUCUCUCUGGGGGGGGGGGAGCUGCUCUUCACCGCCAGCCGUGCAGAGCAGCUCCUCUUCACACGGAGCACGCGCUCAGACCGGCAGCGCGCUCGCCACGCCGCGCUCCUCCUGCAGGCUCCUCCCCCACAGCCCAGGAGGAGACCCACGCUGCUCCUCCACAUUCCCGUGGCCGGCGCGCUGCCGGGCGAGGCGGCGCUGAGCGGCGCUCCUGCAGAGCUCCCAGAAACUGUAUAUAUUUAUACAUAAAUGUCUGCAGAGGUAGAGCAGCGGCGACAGGAAGCAGAUCUGACGCGUGAUUGGUGGACGUGACAUUUUUGUGGCACAGUGUCUAUUAAAGAAUGAAGGAGAUGUUUGAUAA